AUGCGCGGGGACGAGUCGGACAAGUUUACGUUCACGGCAAUCCUGAUCGGGGAGCGUGCGUCGCUCAUCGAGUUUCCUUCGGUCCUCUUGCCGCGCGGCGUGUCGCUGGGCAGUGUUGUGGAAAUCCGCGUGACACGCAACGAGGACCAGGAGCAGAAGAAACGCGAAGAGUUCAUGCAUCUUCAGGACGAGAUCCUGCAGAUGUACGGAGUUCACAGUCCCUCUCGUACGUGGCACACUCUCACACCAGCGCCUGUGCUGUACUUGCGUAACGUGACGCAGACAACCCUGACGAUUGAGUGGGAGCCGCUGCAGAUCGCGCAUGCAGAUCUCCUCUCAGUUGAUGUACUGCGUAAUGGCGAGCGCAUCGCCAAGGUUCCGCAGCCGCUCACAACCACAUCGACCAAACUAUCGGGCCUGAGCAUUGACACUAACUAUUCAAUUCAACUUGUCAUGUAUACGACUGCCGGAACGUACGUAUCUAACGAAGUGUGCACCAAGACACGCACGCUCGACGAUAUGACUGGCGUGCAUGUCUGUCUCGGCUCGAUUCCCGACACCCGGCUCGCGGAAGCGACCAAGGCGCUGGUGGAAUCGAUGAAUGCGCACUGGUCGUCAAAUAUCGAGCUCGAGACUACCCAUUUGGUAUGCACUACCCAACCGGCUGCCAACGAUGAGAAGCAACAGAAGAUCCACGAAAAGGCUCAGCUACUGAGCCUGCCGAUCGUGCGGCCGCACUGGCUAUUUGCGUGUCACGACGCCAAGCGGUACGUGAACAAGGCGCAAUUAGACGCUGCGCCCGUCGCCAAGUCAGACCAGGUGCACGAGGCUGUGGCCGUGCCGCAUCCUGACGCUAGCGAUGAUGCGGUGCAGAAAACUGCAGAGCCUGAAGCCGCUCCUGAGGUAUCCAAGCCUGCGUCGUCUGAGCAUGAGGCAACAGAGCCUGCCCUGGGUAUCUCUGUUACCAGCAAGGCCGUGGAUGAAUCUCUGGCGCGCGAGGCCCCGGGAGCCGACAGUAAUGCAACGGAUGCUACUGAUGCGCCUGCAAUCCAGAUGGAGGGCAGUACUGCGCCCCCUCCUGCACCCGAUGCCAGCGAGACUCAGGAGGCCGAGACGGAGGCACCCAAGGAGGGUGAGGCUAGUUUGGAGGCCGACAUGGAAAAUAUUGACCUGAACGAUCCUUAG